AUGGCUAGGCGCGCAUGCACCAGGGAAUGGGCGCAGCUCGGCCUGAGGCGGACCAAAGCGCUCUGGCCUCGUGCGCUCGCGGCAUUGGCGGCGGUGCUGUGGGGCACGGAAGCCGGCGAGGGCUACCUGCGCGGCACCGAGAGGCCACGGCGCGCCCGCGAUGAGGAAGGGGGGGGGGCAAGGCGGGAUCGUGGAAAGGCCAGGCUGCGGCAGCUCGCGCGCAUGGCCAUGGCGUCCGUGUUCCGCGGUCUGAGGCAUGGCUUUGGAGGGAGAGAUCACGGGCGAGGACGGGACAGCAAAAGGCGUCUCGUUUUCCCGCUGGUCGGGGCAGGCGCGAGCAGGACACGGCAGCAGGGCAGCGAACAGCAGACGCGGGCGACAGCGUGGGCGCAGCACAGCGGCAGCGGCAAGGACACGAGCGGGGCGGACGCACAGGCAUGGCAGCACGGGCGCCCUGGCGCGGAGGAACAAUGCGAGCGACAAGAGCAUGCUUGCAAGGGUCUUGGACACCAUCAUCUCAUCUCAUAUCUUACUCCUGUACCUGACCAGCUUCGCCAGCGUCUCCUGAGCAGCCAACGUCUGGGCAUGGCCGUGGCCGAGCAUGACGGUCCGGAUGCUGAUGCAAGUCCAGCACAGCUCCUCACCGGUGUCGAACAGCCCGCCGCAGAGCAGCAGCUUCGUCCUCGUCUCCAGCAGCGUCGCCUUGAGCAGCGUCACCUCCUGCCAGACGAACUCGUCGACGCGGUGGUUCGGCUGCAGCUUCUUCCUCCAGCACAGCGACUCACGGUUCCAGUCCUGCAUCCGCGUUCUCCACCUCCGCUCGAAUCGGUGGCGUCGUCAGCUCGAAUCGCAUCAGGAGCUCGAAUGCCCGUGGCCCCCCAUCGGGGCGGAGCACGCGGACUCCUCCAUCUCCUCGCUCACCUCCGCUCUCGUCCGGCCGCAGCAACGCGCAUCCACGCCGUCGAAGCCGCCGGCCCACGCCUCCGCGCAGGAUUCGGGUGGGGUCCAGCGGCCUCUUCCUCCGGUGUCCAGCGCUGCUUCGCCAUCCUCCGGUGCAGCGGCCUCCCCAGUCCCCCCGACGCCGCCGCGCAGCAUCUCGAGGCCGGCGAGAUCUGCCGCCGCGCACCUCAGGCCGCCGCACCACCCAUCGUUGCCCGUAAGCAUCCGCACGCUGCAAUGGUGGACGACGGCGUGAUGGAGAAGGGCAUCCGCGCGCUGCAGGGUUGA